ACCCAGCCAGUGCUUCCAUUGCAGGAGAAUGAGACGGUUCUCAGCUUUUGGUCUUCUCUUCAUGUUUUUGCUCUCUGUUACAGAAUCAUACUCUGACCCAGGAACUGAGCCAAACUGUCUGCAAACAAGUCAGGAUCCUCCACCGUGCCCCUUAAACUAUGACCCAGUCUGUGGAACUGAUGGGGUUACUUAUGCCAAUGAAUGCAUGCUGUGUGAAGCAAGGAAACUUGUAAGAAACAUCCAGGUGCAACACAAUGGAGAGUGUCAGAGUAACAACAAUAGGAAGUGAAAGUUCGAGAAAACCAGGAUUCAUUUGAUUCAAAUUGACUUCACGCUUUAAGAUUCAUUCUUCAUUUGGUGUGCAAUUAAUUAAUUUUAAUGUCAUUUCUGUUGGUGGUAAGAAAUCAGAAACAAUAAACCAAUUACAGUGUAAUGAAAGAA